CAUUCUCUAACUGACGAAUGUUUUAGUACUUUUAAAUUGUAGUGCAGCCAUUGGAGCGUGUUUACACGAGCCGGUCCCUGCGAGUGGUGGAGGUGAGAACUAGUUGUGUCUGAAACUUUGAGGUCAGAAGGAAAAAGCUUUGAUGAUUGCAAAUAAUUAGGUAAGAGCCAACAGCACAAGCCACCACAAGGAAACAAAAUCCAACGUUCUCUUACGAAAAUCCCACCUCCACCACCGCCACCACGCGCCACUUCAGCCGCCGCGGAUGGGUGUUCAAGAACCUGUAAUUGUGCAGGGGGAAAAUGGAGAAGGAGAAGGAGAAGGAAUGGAGGAGGAGAAAAGGAAAGAAGAGGAAGAAAUGAAGGAUAUUGAGAAGGGUGAAGCUGCUGGUGAAGAAUUUGCAAGUCAAAAUGAGCAGCAGCAGCAUCAAGGGACAAGGGAAUUUCACAUGUCAAUGAUGCAAAGAUUGUCAGAUACCAACCCUUUAAGGCUUGUAGCAAAUGCACCAAGAGUUGCUUCACCUUCUCCUGCUUAUCAAAAUCGUCAUCCUCCUUCAGCUCGCCCUUCACCUUCUCCUGCUCAGAGUAUUCCUCCUCGCCCCUCUCCUGCUCCUUCUUCUCAGCCUCGCUCCACACCUACUCCUCAACAAUCAAUUGUAUCAUUGAAUUCAAGAUCAUACACAAACAAGUUGUCUCUGUUUCUGUUCGUGGUUCACAUGGUUCUGGCUUUUGGGCUAGUUUGUUUUCUUAUAUUUAAGGGGGUGCAAGGCUUGGUAGAAGAAGGAAAGACUAAAAGAAAAGAGCUGAAGAUAUUGAAGCAUUUUCUGCCUCAAGUGGAGGCUGCAUCUUUUCUUAGUAUAACUCUAGCAAUUUUUUGGCAAAAGGCAGUAAGAGUUUGGCCUAAAUUCAUGGUGCAUUUCAUAAUUUGGAGCUCUUUUGUUCUGGCUUUAUCAGCUGGAAUCCUUUUAAUUUGUUUCCAAAUGCCAGCUACCGAUGCUCUUGGAGUUAUUUUCAUAUUCUUUGCAAUUGGGAAUGGAUUGUAUGCUUGUUGGGUGACACAGAGAACUGGAUUUUGCUCGAAGGUUUUCAUCAAAGCUCUUGAACCUGUAGCAAAAUUUCAUGAUCUGAACCAGCCUACUUAUUGGAUGCUUGCUGCUGGUUUUGUGUGGAUGUCACUUUGGAUUUUAGCGGUUAUUGGAUCAUUGAAUUUCUAUUAUCCACCAAUAGUUAUCAUUGUAUUGGUAGUGAGCUUGGCCUGGAUUACUGAAGUAAUGAGGAAUGUGGUUAACUUAACUGUUAGUAGGGUGAUUGCUCUGUAUUAUCUUAGAGGAAUGCAAUCAAGCACACAAUUUUGCUUUCAAAGAGCAUUGUCCAAAAAUCUUGGUAGUGCUUGUCUUGGAUCCGUUUUUGUGCCUUCGAUUGAAGCUUUAAGGAUUGUGGCUCGUGGAUUGAACUUGAUUGAGGGGGAAGAUGAGUUCAUGUUUUGUUGUGCUCGCUGCGGUCUCAGGAUCAUGGACUCUAUCUUCAAACGUGGCAACGGCUGGGCUUAUGUGCAGAUUGCUGCAUAUGGAAAAGGUUUUGUGAAGGCCUCACAAGACACUUGGGAAUUAUUCCAGGGGCGAGAGAUACAUCAGAUUGUGGACUCUGACAUUACUAGUGCAAUUUGCUUCCUCACCGGAGUAUGCAGUAGCUGCAUCUGUGUCAUUGUUGUAGCCGCUUGGACAGCCACAGUACAUAAAAGCUAUACAGCCACUGUCUCACUUCUUGCUGCCUUCAUAGGCUAUUUAAUGACUAGGAUUGCGAUGGCUUUGCCUCAAGCCUGUGUGGGUUGUUACUACGUCUGCUAUGCCGAAAAUCCCAAUAACAGGCUGUUUGUUAAUGAUAAAACAAUUCCAGACCGGCUCAACUUGAUAAAAGCAGGCCGUGAUGUGGUGGUUCCAACACCUAGAGUCCCAGGAGCGUACAGAAGAUAGCUGAUGAUGAAACACAACAGAUUUUUUUUCCACUAUCCCACAAAAUGUGAGGAUGUGUUUCAAGAUGGCCACUCACUCUUGAUUGAAAACACUAGCCUUUGUGGGGGAGGAGGGGGGACCAAAGGGUUCUAUCCCUGUCAAUAUUGUUCAAGUAUCAACUCAAGAUGACUUCUCCACAGAAGUGGUGGGCACGAUAACGAUGAUGACAUUGGAUGAAUGAGUGCAAUAAUUUUUGCUGACCUGAUAUUCAUCCACAAGAUGAAUAAGAAUUGUUGUAGCUUCCUUCAUGCAUUAAAUAAUUGCACUAUGGCUAGAUGUAAAAAUUUUGUGCAUGAUUUGGAAUUACUAGCAAGGGAAAAAGAUUCAGGAGAGCCCCCUCAGAUUCCCACCAUGAAUACAAGUGCAAGUUGUCCCUUAGGUUUGGUCAUAUCCCUUGUACUAUAGUAAUAGAUAUUCCUCUUGGGAUAUACGAUUCCAUUCAUUAAUUUAUUAGAAUCUUAUAAGUUUGGUAAACCCUUUUGUGAGUAUCUUUCA